UGACAGUAGUGCCGGCAUUAUCUCCCCCGUCUUGACCGCCCUCGACGGCACGUUGAGCUGGACCUCCUCUCAUCUCAUCUCAUCUCAUCUCAUCUCAGCAUCAAUUGUGUCCUUGUAUUUCGACUAGUAUUCUAGUAUUUCACUCCUUUUCAUUUAUACUCCUCUUCUAUAUCUCUGUAUUCUACGUGUUUGAUUAAAUCCCUGCCCGUCCCCCCGCUUGACGACACCUGGCCAGAGACGCGCCGCCGAAGACCAUGUUUGCGCAAUGAUUCCUGACUGAGUCAACUGUCCCUACAUCGUCCUUCUGCUUCCUUGGCGUUUUUUUUUUUUUUUUUUUGUUUUUCUUUUCUUUUUUUCUUAAAACGAUGCUGGCGCCCAAGUGGACCACGACAUGCUGGAUCCCUUGGGCCAUUCUGGUGUCGGUCUGGGUCCAGCGAACUAUCGGUGAGGGCCAACAAUCGCACCACCCCCCGCCCGUCUGUCUCUCCAGGCACGCGAGAGAGGUUCACCAUGGUCUCAUUCAAUGGCCGAUGUGCAUUGAAACUCGGUGGGAGAGAAAGUCCACUGGCAGCACACGGACUUUCACAUCGCUAGAUGCGAAACGAAUGACAAGUAGCGACAACCCCAGUCCUGUCACCGUAUCCGUUGAGAUCGCUGCUACCCCCCCCUCAUCACGGCCGCCGCGGCCGCCUGAACGAGACCCGGAGAUGGAUGCCGAUUCAGAUUCGCCGCUAGAUAAUGCGAAUUUCCUUUCCUUUGAGGACUGGAGAAAACAGAAUCUUGCCAAGGCUGGUCAGUCGGCGGAGAAUGUCGGAGGAAACCGGCGGGCUGGCACCGCGGGAAAAGACCGUCAUCGACCCACGGGGAUCAAUAACGCGCUGGACUCCCUCGGUGAAGAUGCAGAGAUCGAACUCGACUUUGGUGGCUUUGGUGCCGACCCUUCGGAGCCUGCGACGUCGGCGACAUCCUGGAGAACCAAGGUUCUGCCAGCAGGCGGCGGCGGAACGCAUCUCCCGACCGAUGCAGGUCGCAGUGGCGGCAUGGAUGCCUCUGGCCAGGGUCUUCCUCAUACAGGAGGCCCGCGCUCCAAGGAUGCUGGGACGACGUGCAAAGAGCGAUUUAAUUACGCGUCGUUUGACUGUGCCGCCACGGUGCUGAAGACGAAUCCCGAAGCGAAGGGGUCGUCGUCGGUUCUGAUUGAAAACAAAGAUAGCUAUAUGCUGAACGAGUGCCGUGCCCGGAACAAGUUCCUCAUUCUGGAAUUGUGCGAUGAUAUCCUGGUGGACACCGUCGUGCUCGCCAACUAUGAGUUCUUCAGUUCCAUCUUUCAUACCUUCCGGGUCAGCGUGGCGGAUCGGUAUCCGGCCAAGCCUGACCAGUGGAAGGAGCUAGGAAUCUACGAGGCGAGGAAUACUCGCGAGAUACAAGCGUUUGCUGUGGAGAAUCCGCUCAUCUGGGCGCGCUAUCUACGCAUUGAGUUUCUGACGCACUAUGGCCAUGAGUUCUACUGCCCUCUGAGCCUCAUUCGGGUGCACGGCACCACCAUGCUGGAGGAGUAUAAACACGAUGGAGAUGCCGGCCGGGUUGAGGAGGAGGUUGCUCAUGCGGUCGAGGAGGUUCAGGAUUCCAGCCUCGUUGACCAAAAUACUCGGCCCUUGGAAUCUACCGAAUUUACUACCAGUGGAUUGGAGGGGGCAAACUUGGUGCCGGAGACUUGCCCCCAUUUUGGAACGGCCAUAGAGCUUACGCUGCGGGGGCUGAGAAACCCCAGUAUAUGUUAUGUGUGGGAGAUUCCCGCGCAAGCCACUGGGCCCGACGCUUCCUGUGUGUCGGGUCAACCAGUGCCGAGCGCGGCCACCACGCCUUCGAGUGGUGAGACCUCAGGCGUUGUUGGCGGCAGCGGAAACGGUUCCCCCCACGACGUCCGAGACGCUCGGUCGCCGGGCUCGGCGAGUGCGCAGGUUCAGGCUUCGGCAGAAUCGUCGUUCUCCACAACCACUGUAUCCGAUGCAGCUCCGCACGACGCACCUUCGGAAACAGACCCUCGGUCUGGCAGCGGCUCUCGAGAUGAACCCGGUGGUGGCGCAGGGGAAUCUAUGCUCCGAGCCACCAACACGCAGCCCCCCUCGGCGAACCCUACUACGCAAGAAUCGUUCUUUAAAUCUGUGAAUAAGCGACUUCAAAUGCUGGAGACCAGCUCGAGUUUGUCGCUGCAGUACAUUGAAGAGCAAUCGCGGAUCCUCCGCGAUGCGUUCAACAAGGUCGAAAAACGCCAGGUUUCCAAGACCUCUACGUUUCUGGAGACGCUGAACGUGACGGUCCUGAAUGAGCUGAAGCAGUUCCGCGAUCAAUACGACCAGGUGUGGAAGAGUGUGACACUGGAGUUUGAGCAUCAACGGAUCCAGUACCACCAGGAGAUUUACUCGCUGAGCGCGCAGCUGGGCGUGGUUGCGGAUGAGUUGGUGUUUCAGAAGCGAGUGGCGGUGAUCCAGAGCAUUGUGGUACUUUUCUGUUUUGCGCUGAUGCUGUUUACCCGUAGCGCGGCGAGUGGCUACAUUGAGCUCCCGAGCGUGCAGAAUAUGGUCUCCCGCUCGUACAGUCUCCGGCCAUCUUCCCCCCUGUUUGGAUCAUCUCCUCCAGGCAGUCCCGGGUCGACGAGAUCAUCCCCACGAAGGGCGUUGCCAACCCGUUGGGAGAUUCCCCAUCGGGCCCGGAAGCCGCGCCCUUAUUAAUACGAUCCAACAGUAGUCCUCCUGAGCUGAUCCGGGGGGAGGAAGGGUAUGGAGGGCGGGAGCGGUGUAUGGAGCUGGAGUCGGACCGGGAAUCGGAAUGUUCACAGGUGGAGGAGAGAAUGAAGGCAUCUCGUAGCCCGGAUAGCACACGGGAGAAUUGUAACUAAUGAGACUAAUGACGAUGACGAUGACGAUGAUGAUGAAUAUUCCUG